AUGGAAUUUGGCUUAGAACCGGAAGAAGUUGACUUUGCUGAUUGGUUAAAGAAAAAGUACAAUGUUACUGCCGAAGAGUUCUUGGGCGAUGAUGAUAGGGAAGAAUUAAGAAGUAGAUAUAAAAAAGAAUUGGAAGAAGAAGGGGUUGCUCGGGAAAAUAAUAUAAACUCUAGCAAUGAAUUUGUGAGUGAAGAGGAAAAUGACGAAAACAAAUUAGAAAUAAAGGCUAAAGAAAAGUAUAAAGACAAGAUUAUUAAAUUAGUAAAUGCUCAGGGUUAUUUAGACGAAAAUUAUUCUGUGGAAGAAAGGGAUGAAGUAGUAGAAAUAUUCAUUGAUGGCAAAAAUUUAGAAGGAGAUUUAAAAAUAGAAGGUUUUUCUAAUUUGGAAAGUGUUAAUAAAGAAGAAAUUAAGAAAGAUAAAUAUAAUCACUUUGUUGGUUCACUAAGUUCUUUAAAAGCACUAACUGAUUUAGAAGAAUUGGAUAUCUCUAAUACUGAUAUCAAUCAAGUAGAUGUUAAAGAUUUACCUGAAAAAUUAAGUAUAAGCAAAUUUUGUUGUUCUAAGGAAGAAAGACCAGAAAGUGGAGUAAAAGACAUUCAAGAGGAAUUGUAUUCUUAUCUUACUAAAAAAAGGCUAAAUGAGAUGUAUCCUGACAAAUCUGCUACUAAAUCAAUUGAUCUCUGUGAGCAAAAAUUAAAAGGCUGUUUGGAUUUAAGUGAAUAUAGGAAUUUAGAAGUAUUAGACUGUCAUAGUAAUGAAUUGACUAGCAUAGAUAUAAGCAAAAACAAAGAACUUAAAAAACUUGAUUGCUCUAAUAACAAAUUAAAAGAGGUCAAUCUGGAACACAAUGUUAAUUUGAAAGAGUUAUAUUGUGGUGGUAAUGAGUUGGAAAAGUUAGAUAUAAGCAAAAAUAGCAAUUUAACUAGUCUCGACUGUGAAAAAGAUAAUCAACUGACUGAGUUGUUAGGCAUUGAAAAUUGUGAUAAAUUAACUGAUCUAAAGUUUGAAGAAGACAAUAAUGGUUUAUCAGAGAAAGAUAUUGGUCAAGAAACCAAGGAGAAAAAAAGACAGGAUAUUACUGAGUUAGAUAUUAGCAGUAAAGAAUUGGAGGGUGAAAUAAGAUUAGAAGAUUUUGAAGGAUUACAGUACUUGACUUGCCAUAACAAUCAGUUAAUUAAAAUUGAUUUGAGCGAUUGUCCUAAAUUGGUAGGUCUUGAUUGUAGAAAUAACAAACUAACGGAAUUGAAAUUCAAUGCAGAUUGUAAUUUAAAAGAAUUACGGGCUUCUGAUUUAAAAAACCUCAACGAGUUAGUUAAAAUUAAUAUCUUUAAAGUUAAAGGAGAAAACUCUUCGCAAGAAAAAUUAGAAGAAGAAUUAGAAAAAUUAAAAGACAAUAAAGAAAUGUUAAAGAAAUUAGAGAAAGUCUAUUGUCAUAGAAGUAAUAAGAGAGAAGUAAAUAUAAAUGAGAAAAAAGAUAGUGAGGAAAAGUCAAUAAUUCCUGAAAUUCCUGAAAUGAAAAAAACAGAGUUAAAGUCGAACACAAAAAAAACAGAGACAAAGAGUUCAUUAGAUAACUACUUGGGUAGAGACAGCGAAGGUGAUUUUUACGACAUAAAAAAAUUACGGGAGAGCAAUCAAAGUGCGAUUUCAUCUCAUGAAUCCACUCAUGAUGAGAUAAAAGCAAUAGUGAAACUCCCAAUUUUUUCUAGUUUUGAAGAUUCUAAAGUAGAAAAAGGAGGUCAAGAAGAUUAUUUCAGAAGCGAAAUUACUAGCGAAAAUGAACUUCCACCAAGCGAAUUGCCACGCAGACUUUGUGAAAUUGGGGAAGAUAACUUAUCAAAAGAAUUAGAAGAAUCGGAAGAAGAAAUGCUCACUGAGACUGAACUUGAAAAUAGAAAAAUUACUGUAAAGACAAGGGUAGAGUGUAUUGAUGAUGCUAAUCCAGAAAAUGCCCAAGAAAGAUUAAGCCCGGGCGGAGUUAAAUCAUUGGACAAAGCCCUCAAGACUCUCAAAGUCCUUAAUGAGUUCCAUUUAUUUAAAAAUAAAAAGGGCGAAAAAAAAAUCAAGUACCUUUGGAUGGAUCAAAUGUGCAUUAAUCAGAAUAGCCUUGACGAAAAAGAACAUGAAGUUCCAAUGAUGAGACAAUACUAUGGUAAUAGCACCGUAACUCUAGUGGCAAUACACGAUAGUAUCGGUAAAGAAACCAUGAAAAAGUUAUUGGACUCUUUUGAGCCAGGAAAAGCCGGACUUAUUUAUCCCAAUGAAAUAGUCAAGAAUUCCCUACCAAUUUUGAAAAAAAUAAUUGGUUCUAACUGA